AUGUUUUUAAAGAGAAAUACGUUUCUGCUGGUAUUUCUGAUGUGUUCUCUGGCUUUGUGGUGCAAGUCAACCAGUGCUGGCUCCAGCUUUCUCAGCCCCUCCCAAAAACCACAGAACAGAGGGAAAUCUUCCAGAGUCGGCCGUCAUGUCAUGGAGGAACCCGGUCAACCCGCUGAGGACGACCACAUCACAAUAAGGGCCCCCUUUGAAAUUGGAAUCACCAUGAGUGGAGAGGACUUUGAGGAGUAUGGUGUGGCGCUGCAGCAGAUCAUCCAGCGUCUGCUCGGGGAAACAGAGACAGCAGAGAGACAAUCACAACUUUGA